AUGAAGUAUAAAAUAGGUGCCCAUAAGAUUGAGAACCUAGUAGAUGGCAUGUACAAUGUCCCUAUAGAGAUCUCAAAAAAAGGCUUUUCUCAUUGGGAAAAUGCCUUGGUUGGAUACUUCAUUGAUAAAAGAUUCUCUUUCCAUUAUGUGAAAACUUGGACAGAGAAACUUUGGGGAAAUUUUCUUGAGGAUGUUGUCUCCAUUGAUAAUGGGUUUUUUAUUUUUAAAGUAAAAAGUGAAGAGGCUAUAGAAAAAAUUUUGGAAGAUGGCCUCUAUUACGUUGGGGCUAGAUUGAUUGUUGUUAAAAAAUGGCAACCUGGACUAAAACUAACAAAGUGUGAAUUUUCGAGUGUGCCGUUGUGGGUGAAGUUGUAUAAUGUUCCUUUGGAGCUUUGGACCGAAGAAGGUUUGGGCUACAUUGCUAGCAUCAUGGGAACUCCUCUUUAUUUGGAUGUGCCUAUAUUCAAGAGAAGCAGACUUACAUUUGUGAGAAUAUGUAUUGAAGUGCCAGCAAAUAAAGAGAUCCCUAAGUCUUUCAAAAUAAAUAUUGGUUAUGGUGACCCCUAUGAGAUUCAUGUUGAGGUUCCAUGGAAGCCUCAAAGGUGUGAUGGUUGUAAGACUUUUGGUCAUGCCACUAAUUUGUGUCCUCAGAAGCCAAAGACCUUGAACCCUCCAUCUUCCAAACAAGAGUGGAGAGUCAAGGAGACUAACAUACAAGUUCCAACCAAAUGGAAGUGGUGA